AUGACAGAAGGAAUCUCACCAGAGCAGCGCGCGGUUCGGCCGUCUGAAGCCGUUACCAAGCGGGCGGGCCGGCGCUCCGCGCUCCCCCUCCGGCCCAGGGAAGCACUGAGCGCUGCCCCACGUGUGCCGAGCCCCGCGCGGGCAGCGGGGCACGAAGCGCGGCCGCGGAACACGCCGCUGCCGGGGACUCGCGAUGGCUCCGCCGCGCUGCGUGUCAGGGCCCCGCGGGACACCCCGACGGCGCGGCCGGGCUGGACGAAGAGGGCGGGCAGGGCGGCCCGCUCCCGCGCACGGCCCGCGGGGGACGAGGGCUGGCGGCCGGCCGGCGGCCCGGGGGCGGGGGGCGGCGGGAGGGGCGAGGCCGGGCUGCGGCCUCCCGCCAAAACGCGGGGGGUGGCGGGACGGGACGGGACCGGGUCGGGCAGAGCCGCGCCGAAGCCUUGCCGGGCCGCCAUGCCCGGUGACUCCCCGGCUGUCAGCAAGCCCCCGGACGGCGCCGGGCCGGGGGACAAGGCGGGCGGACUCGGUAAUAAGGCGGCGGCCCAAAUGGCGGCUGCCCCGGCGACGGGCAAGAAGCUGCCUCGUCUGCCCAAGUGUGCCCGCUGCCGCAACCACGGCUACUCCUCGCCGCUGAAGGGGCACAAGCGGUUCUGCAUGUGGCGGGACUGCCAGUGCAAGAAGUGCAGCCUGAUCGCCGAGCGGCAGCGGGUGAUGGCCGCGCAGGUUGCGCUGAGGAGGCAGCAAGCCCAGGAAGAGGAGCUGGGGAUCAGCCACCCCGUGCCCCUGCCCAGCGCGCCAGAGCCAGUUGUCAAGAAGAGCAGCAGCAGCAGCAGCUCCUGUCUCCUGCAGGACAGCAGCAGCCCUGCGCACUCCACAAGCGCAGCAGCAGCAGCAAGCGGUGCACCAGAGGGACGGAUGCUCAUUCAGGACAUCCCUUCCAUCCCCAGCAGAGGGCACUUGGAGAGCACGUCUGAUUUGGUCGUGGACUCCACCUACUACAGCAGUUUUUACCAGCCAUCCCUGUAUCCUUACUAUAACAACCUGUACAACUACUCCCAGUACCAAAUGACAGUGGCCAGUGAGCCUUCCUCAAGUGAGACAGGGGGGACGUUUGUAGGGUCGGCCAUGAAAAACAGUCUUCGAAGCCUCCCAGCAACAUACAUGUCAAGCCAGUCAGGAAAACAAUGGCAGAUGAAAGGGAUGGAGAACCGCCACGCCAUGAGCUCCCAGUACCGGAUGUGCUCCUACUACCCGCCCGCCUCAUACCUGGGCCAGGGGGUUGGCAGUCCCGCCUGCGUCACACAGAUACUGGCCUCAGAGGACACCCCCUCCUACUCAGAAUCGAAAGCGAGAGUGUUUUCGCCGCCCAGCAGCCAGGACUCGGGCCUGGGGUGCCUGUCCAGCAGCGAGAGCGCCAAGGAAGACCUGGAGUGCGAGCCCCACCAAGAGCCCGGCGCCUUCGGGGUGAGCCCGGUUCUCGAGGGCGAGUAGGCGCGGCGCCGGGCGGCUGCUGCGCGGCGUUCACUGUUGCCUUGUUCUGUUGGGGGUUGCGGGGGGGGCGUUGGGUUUCUUCUUUCCGGGGCGGGGGGGCACGGCGGGGCCGCGUCCGGACCGGCGGGGGGGGGGGGGGGGGGGGGGGGGGGGGGCGGGGCGGAGCCGCACGGGGGCUGCAGCGCGGCCCGGUGCGGCCGUCGAGUCUCGGCCCGCUCCCGUCAGGGCGAAGCGCCCGGCGAUCGGCCUCCCCGAAAUGCGGAGCCGUGAUGUGUUUGUAAUGGUUCCUCGUAGGCUGCUGUUCGGCUCCAGACGUUUUCUUCUCGUAUCGUCAAAUUAACGCGUUUUGCAUAUUACAGUUGAGUGCCUCGACUUAGAUUGCAAUAUAAACGGCGAGCAAAUAAGUCUCAGAAAAGUUACGUGCGUUUCUGCAAGUGUUAUUUUGUUAAGAACAGCUCACGGUGUCCUCUUCCUGUGUUACAGAAGCCAACCUGAAAUGAAACUAGUCUGGAAAAAUUCAUUGUUCUCUGUAGUUGCAGCUGUACCUGAAAUAAAAAUGUUAUUGAUGACUGAA